UGAUAAUCUCUUUUGUGACAAACAGUGAAUCAGUGAUACAGUGACUGACUGUUUGACUGUUUGUCUCAUUUGAAUGAAUGGCUAAUCGUUUGCAAUGAUCUGACAAUUAAUAGCUUUAAAUUGAGUGACGAGUGAUUGAAUGAGCGGUGGUUUACACGUUGUUAACAGUGAUGACAGUGAGUGCUAUUGAUCUGUGAGUGCACGAAACAGUCCUGUCUGUCAUACACCACAAGUCAUACCCCUUUGAGAGCCUAUUGUCACACAAACUAAUCGGUGGUACGACUGGUGUGUGAGAUGUCCCGCAAUAAUGAUAACCAGAGCUUCAGUCAGACCUAUAAAUUGGUGGUCGUCGGGGGCGGAGGCGUUGGCAAGUCGGCGCUUACCAUCCAGUUCAUUCAAUCAUAUUUCGUCACUGAUUACGACCCGACUAUUGAGGACUCGUAUACCAAACAGUGUGUCAUCGAUGAUGUGGUCGCACGGCUCGACAUUUUGGAUACCGCCGGACAGGAAGAGUUCAGUGCAAUGAGAGAGCAAUACAUGCGUUCCGGGGAAGGGUUUCUAUUAGUGUUUUCGUUGACCGACAGAAACAGUUACGAAGAGAUCUAUAAGUUUCACAAACAGAUCCUUCGCGUCAAAGAUCGGGACGAGUUUCCCAUGAUGUUAGUGGCCAACAAAUGUGAUCUCGAACACCAUCGUGUGGUGUCGCAGUCAGAAGUACAUCAAUUGGGCCAACAGUUGAAGAUUCCGUACCUGGAGUGCAGCGCAAAGCUGCGGAUGAAUGUGGACGUGGCCUUCCACGACACCGUCCGACUUGUUAGGAAAUUCCAACAACUGGAACGCCCGCCCAUACGACCCAUGAAGAAGCAGAAGAAUAAGAAGAAUUGUCUAAUCCUUUGAUCGCAUUCUUAACCAUUUUUUUUAUUAAAUUUAUAAUAUAUUAGUUGAUUAGAAAAUUAUUACUGUAAUAUCAUUCAAUGUUUCGGUGCUUUUCAAGACUC